GAGCCAUGUUCUGAGGCCACAGCAACGCGCGAGCGAUGGCCUGGGAGACCGUCCCGACAGUGGGGAUACCGGAGGCACUGACUGAGUCCGGCCCCGUGCUGACCAACUUCCACCGUCCCGAGGACACCAAGGAGGCCGUCGAGAGGGCCCUGUACGCCAUUCUGGGCCACGGCGCCUUUCAGCGGCGCAUCAUGGCGUGCAGCCUGCUCUCCAUGGUGGUGCUCCUGUGCCACUCGCUCGCCUACCGCGCCAUCGCCAGCCCCGUCGACCACUGGUGCGCCCGGCCCGCCGCCUUCGGCGCCAUGCCCGUGCCGCUCUGGAGGAACGUCGCCAUUCCGGUCGAGUCGGAUGGAAGCUUCAGCCAGUGCACCGUCUACGAGCCGCCCGUGCCCGCGGACGAUGCACUCGACCACACGCGGCACGCCGUGCCCUGCGAGAGCUGGGAGUACGCGACGGCGUUCCGCAACCGCAGCAUCGUGAGCGAGUGGGACCUGGUGUGCGAGCGGCGCCGCCUGGUGCAGCUCUCGUCGGCCGCGUACAUGGCCGGCGCCAUGCUGUGCGUGCCCAUCGUGGGCCUGCUCUCGGACCGCACGGGCCGCAAGCCCGUGAUCACCGGCUCCGUGAGCGCGCUCAUUCUCGCCGCCAUCGUAUGCAGCACGACGCACAGCUUCGUCGUCUUUGUGCUCUCCAGAAUGGUCGUGUCUGCCAUGAGCAGCGCUGCCCAGGUUCUGAGCUUCAUCCUCCUGUACGAAGUGACGGGACCAGACAGGCGAGCCGCGUACGCGCUACUGGCCACCGGGACAGGGAUCAUGCUGAUGCCGGUGGUGCUCGAGCUGCUCGCCGCUGCCCAGUUCAGCUGGCCGGCCACUCAACUGCUACUCCUGAUGCCCACUGUCUCGCUCGUCUACUCCCACUACCUGCUCGAGGAGUCCCCAUCGUGGCUCCUGGCCACGUGGCGACUCAAGCGGGCCGAGGAGGCGCUGCUCGUGGCCGCACGGCGGAACGGCCUCGUGGUCGAGAAGGCGGCACGCUUCUUCAGGAAGCUCAAGGCCGAGAUGAGGCGCCACGCGCACGCCCACCUGGCCGCAACGGCAGCCGAAGCGAUCCGAAGUGAUGCCAACAAGACGGCCGGCAGCGACAGCAUGGUGGCUGAGUUUCUGUCCGGCCGGCGGGCCGUGUCCGUAUUCCUGGCGUGGUUCACCGUCAUGUUCUGUUUCUACGGCAUACAGUUGGCGGACCAGGACCUCGAUGGCGGCGUCGACGCCUGGCUACGCUGGGACGACGUGGCCUACGUGGUGACGCUCGCUCCUCUUAUCGCAGGCACCUAUGCAGGCAUGCUACGCUACGGCCAGCGGCGCACCUUCACCAUGCUGCUGGCGCUGGUGUUUGAGGCCUCGGCGCUGCUGGUGCUGGUGCCGCUGACGGCGGAGCGCGACUGGCUGCCAUCCGCGCUGGUCAAGGUGAGCGCACGCGCCGUCACGGCCGCUGCCACGAGCGCCAACUACCUGUACACGGCCGAGGCGUUCCCCGCCACAGUGCGCAGCACGGGACUCACGGUGUCGUACGCGUCGGGACGCGUCGGCGCCAUCUUCGCCACGUCCCUCAUGUCGGUGCAGGUCUCAUACACGGUGCCGUUCAUGAACGUCGUCAUGAUGGUCCUGGCGUUCGGCACCCUGGUGGCCGUGCAGACGGCGCCGGAGCCGGCGGCGCAAGCCGGGAAGGGCGGCGGCGGCAACGCACCCGCGAUCGGAUCUCCCUCCAGCGGCAGCACCGCGGUCGAGGGCUCCGAGGCGCCGGCUCAGACGACGGAUCGCUUCGCGGGUUGGGACGUGGCGCACGACAGCACGGCGCCGAUGACCAGCACGCUGGCGCGCAGUUCUGCGCAGCUGCAGCAGAGCGGCUCCAUCGAGGCCAGGGACGACAGCAUCGAGUCGGCCUCGGGUGGCGUGCCGUUCGACGCCAACAUAUCGAAACUGCCGGACGAGUUCUAGCGCUGAAGAGCGACGGCGGCUCGUCGACCGCGCGUACGGUGCACGUCCUACGCGGCGUAAGACGGGGAGCGGAGCUAGAGAGUGCACAUUCUAUAGUCGCUCCCUCUCUCACCUUUUUCGUAAGGUUUAUUGUUGCAG